AUGAGUGCUAUCGCAACUUCAUCUUUCAAAGCAACGAAGAAAAAUUAACAUUUCUUGGGCACCUCUUCACAAUCAUCAAUGUCAUCUUAGAUAAGAUCAAGCAUCUUACCUUAAAAUAGUUUAACUAAAUCAGCAGGACUAAACCAUCUAAGUGAUAAAAAUAGCUCAGGCAUUGCUUCACAAUCAUUGUAUGUUUAGAAGUAGUUGCAUUAAAAUUCUAGUAAAAAAAGAGAUACGAAGGCUAGCUAGCUAAAUAGCAACGACUAUUAUACAAUCUAGAACACAAGGAAUGCUUCAACAAUCUAAAACAGUUAGCAGUAAACUUCCAGGAAUCAAGUCCAGUUGCAAUCAAAUGUAAAUAAUAGCUAGUCUGCCACAAAUGAUUAAGAAGGUGCAACUCCACAAAAUUAGAAUAAGAGUAUGCGAAGUCCAAAGCGAAUGGACUAAAAUGCACUGCCUCUUGAUAAAAUAGUGGAGAACAUCCAUAAUACUUCAACUGAUUUUACCAAGGUUUUCAGCCAAAGUCAAGUCAAGUCAAGCGCAGUAGGGGGAACAGGUUCUAAUACUAAUAAUAGUAGACAUUCAAUACUAACAAAUGAAAAAUAUUAACCAAGAGCAUUAAGCGCAGUCAAAAAUUCUUAGAUUUUAUCACAUUCAAACUUCAGUCAGAUGUCUAAUUUCAGUAAAUCUUAAAAUGCCAAAAAGUUGAGCUAAAUUACUUCAGCAUCAAACCAAGGAUCGUAGAUCUACAACGACAAAACUAGCAUCAAUAACUCCAAGACAAUUUAUAAAAAAUCAGUGAUUAUAAAUUAACAACACUCAUAGAGUACUCUUGGCAAAGAACAUUAGUAUUCUCCAAAGCCUGGUUCAGAAUAAUUCAACAAGCAUACCAUAUUUAAAUCACCACAGUAGGUUAAGAAGUUAAGCUCUAAUGUUCAUUAAAGCAGCGGCAAUAAUACUAAUUUUUUAGCGAAUAGUGUAAAUUUAGGACCUGGUGUAUUUGUCUCUAAUUCUAAUUCCCCAUUACCCCUUUCAUCAAGUUAGCAUCAGAAAAUAUCAAGAAUUAAUUCUCACACAGAGAACUAAAAAUAAUCAUAAUCAAGAAUGGUCAGUGGUCAAAAGCUGAAUAAGCAAAAUUCAGUUAAUAAUAACAGUAGUGUAAUGCACUAAAAAUUACCCAAUAAUCUCAACCCAGCUACUACACCUUCCUGCUUAUAGAUUGAUCUAUCGCUCUUAUCAAAUAAAAACGAUGAUGAAUUAGUUGUAACAUAAUUAGGAGUUACAGCGUCUUAGAACGCUUAAACUUUAUAUCAAUUGCAAUAAUAGUAGAACAGCUAGUCAUUGACACAAUCCUUAUCCCUUACUUAAUCGAUAUAAAAAAGCAAUUAAAGAAAAAAAUCAUCUGUUAGUUAAACCAAAAAGACACCGCUCUAAAUUAAUUCUUAGAGCCCCAAUCUAUAAAAUUUAAAUGAUCACUAAGCCUAGGUAAACAAUAAAUCACCAAAAACUUACAAAUAUAACAAUAAUGUUGCUAGCGGAUAGCAAAGUCUAUAAAGCAGACAUAGUUUGAUAAAUGCUAAUGGUGGAGUAAAGAAAUAGGACUCAGGUCCUAAGAUCACUGAACCAAUAUUUCAAGCAAUGAAAAACAGUACUUUAAGGGUUAAUUAAGGCAAAGCGUCAAAGACCUAAACAAUAGUGAAGUCAUCAGUACCUUUUGAAAAGUAAAAGUAAAUGUCAGAAAGGUUAAACUCUCAAGAGGAAGUUGAUGAGACUAAAUCUAACUCUGUAUUUGAAAUUAAACAAAUAGUGGCAUCAUAAAAAGUAUCAAGCCAGUAAAAGCAUAAACUAUCCUAGAUUGAAAGGUAGAGCAUUUAGCUAAAUUUAGAUUCUAAUUCAUUGCAAGUAAAAUGCUAGGAGGAGGAUAAUUUCUCUUUUAACAGUUAGAAUAAUACUACAAGCAUUAUAAAUGUCAAGCAUAAAAGUAGUUAGGAUCUGGAAAACGAUGAUAAGUUUCUGAUUAGUGAAGAGUAAUCAAAUCUUAAAAGUCAAAAGAGUUCAGUUUUACAGGUAGUGGUUUCAUAAAAUAAUCUUAUAUUGGAGGAUAAGGAGGUUAAAUAGAUGAGUAGAGUAGGCCAUUAAUAACAAAAGAUAAAUAUAAACUUGGAUUUAAGUUUGUCCGACACUGAAAGCUUAUUUUUAAACAUUGAAAAAUUCCUUUAAAAGCAUGAUAAGAUACUACUUGACUUUGAAAAGAGGGAAAUAGAGCAAUUGACAGAGGAUUAGGUGUUUUUCUGUGGGGUAUCCUUGCAAGAUAGAUCAGCUCAAUAUGUAGCUUUAUAUGGAAAUCCAGAGUCAGAAAAGGAAAUACAAAAGUCUUUAGAUGAUGAAGAGGGAUACUAUAAUGUUUUAUUGGGUGAUCAUUUGAACUACAGAUAUGAAGUUUUGAAGAUUCUUGGUAAAGGGUCCUUUGCUUAGGUAGUUUCCUGCUUUGAUCAUAAGACAGGAUAAAAGGUUGCUAUUAAAAUUACAAGAAAUACUGAAAUCGAUCAUAAAUUUGCAGGUAGCGAGAGUAAACUGCUAAAUUAUUUAAUGACAAAUGAUCCAACUGACUCCAGCAAUAUUGUCAGACUUAUCAAUGAGUUUUAUUUCAGAGAUCAUCAUUGCUUUGUUUUCGAGCUACUCUGCUCAGAUCUGUUUGAGCAUCUGAAGGAAAAUGGAUUCAUUGGGUUUGAGGUCUCUAAAAUAAGAGAUUAUGCAGUUCAGAUACUUGAGGCAUUGAUAUUCCUAGAGAAACAUUAGAUUAUCCAUUGUGAUUUGAAGCCUGAAAAUAUACUGUUAAGAGAUCCCCAUGGUGAGAAACUUAAAUUGGUUGACUAUGGUUCAGGAUGCUUUAGACAGGAAUAAGUAUAUACCUACGUGCAGAGUAGAUUCUACAGAGCACCAGAGGUAAUUUUAAGAAUACCAUAUUCUGAAAAAGUUGAUAUUUGGUCAUUUGGAUGUAUUUUAGCUGAGCUAUAUACAGGUGAGCCUCUAUUUCCAGGCAAUAAUGAGCAAGAGUAGCUUGAACUUAUUAUGGAGAUAUGCGGCAUUCCAACAGACAAAGUCAUUGACAAGAGUCGAAAGAAGGACCAUUACUUUGAUGUUGACUACUCUCCAUUCUUAAUUGAAGAUGAGUAACUUGGAAUUCUUCGUAUACCUGAGAGCAAAAAACUUGAAGAUGCAGUUCCAUGUUAAGAUCCAUUUUUCCUUGAUUUCAUAGCUAAAUGCUUGGAAUUAGACCCUGAAAUAAGAUUCUCAGCAUCUUAGGCAAUCCAGCAUAAAUGGAUUUAAGAGGGCUUUAUAAAGAAGGAUGAAAGUAACACUUCUCUGGCCUCAGUAAAUAGAAGUAUGGCUUCACAAUAGCUACAUCAACAAUAGAAUUCACAAUAAUUGCAGCCUCCCUAAAUUAUGAACAGAAGAAGAGAAGAGGAGUAAGAUGGAGUCAAGGGAAAUGUCUAUGAAGAGUCCCCUGUCAGACCAAUCAAGGAUAAGCCAAAGAAGAGUCUUACUAAACAUUUCAAUUUUCAAACAGUAAAGGUAGGAGGACUUGGAGAUAAUGACAGUUGCAUGAGCACUCCACACAAUGAGGAAGGUAUCUCGAGGGGUAGAGGAGAUGAAAGUGGUAAUAAAAUGCAUGAAAUAGAUUUGAACUUCCAGCUGAUAGUCAGCAAAGAGAAAGUGAACAGCGAAGAGGAGUUCAACAAGCCUAAUCAUAUAUCCAUGAUCAAUAAUAAAAACGGCAAGAAGGAACAGCAGUCUGAUUCUGAGAAGCGUAAGGGUGUCAAAAUGAUCGGAAAGUAUGAGAUAGUGAGAGCAGAUGAAGACCCAAAAGAUACAAACAGCCAGACAUCUGGGAUAGCCUCGGAAGCCAACAUACCUCCAGUCAAUUAGCAUGAAGCCAUCAAUAAUGAGAAUUCAAUCAAUAAAAUCACCGUAACAUUCUACUAAAAGCGAGCUCAGGGCAAGAGUCAUCAGACAUCUCAAAGCAAAAAAAUAUGA